AUGCUGGAACUUGAGCCGGGUUGUGUUGAAGUGGCGCCGACCGGAUUGCUUUACUCCAAUGGGCUGCUAUUCAGCGGUCACGUAGGAAAGGCCAAGGUUCGCAUCGCAAGUCAAAGCUGCUUCGAGACACACUCUUUCAGCGACAUUCGGAGAUUCUUGUGCCGGCGGAACACGACUCUGCAAGUGUAUGAUAUGCAUGUCAUUUUGAAUGUCCGACAGGGUUUCAAGCUGCCGGGUCACUUUACCGUGGUUCGCAUCUGCGUGCCCAUUCUGAUUGUUCUCUUUGGCCUCGCCGUCGCACUAGCGCGCUUGAACCCAUCAUCUUUGGCUCUUGACGUUGCGCAAGAACAAAGGUCAUGCCUUCUCUUCGAUCAGGCUCGACGCCACGUACCGACCUGGCACGCACCACGUCAGGAGAAGAAGAGUUUCUACUCGUCCCCGAUCGUUUACACCCCAAUGGAAGAAUGCCCUGAUCCGAGUGCGCUUAACAGACGGCGUAUGCUUGCAAUCAACGCCAUCUCCGAUCAGAUCCUAUCAAAUGGCGAGCCCCAAGGUCACGCGGGCAUCAUCCGCGUGCGACCUGACGAGCACAAGGACUUCUCGAUUCUUCACUGGACCACAACUUGCUUCCUCGCCUCUGGGCGUAUCACCCUCGUCUACAUCGGUGAAGCGACUGAAUCGACAGUCAAUCGAAAGCCCAUUGACUUGACUGUUGCUCAACUCGACCCAGCUCUUGCUAUCAAGUACGUCGCAUUCGGAGAAGGCUUCAUGGCCAACGUUAGACGAGAGUGGUGGGCGUACAAGAACCAGAUGAAGCAGAUCGGUCCACGAAACUACGUGCAAAAGCAACAGCAGAACCAGAAGCAAAGCGCAGAGCACAAGAAGGAAGAUAGCAGUCAAGAUAUAGGGCCGUUGGAUGUCUCGUCGUGGCCUGGUCGAUGGACUGUGUUGCGCUUUGAGACUGUGCAGCAAAGCAAAGAAAAUACCUUGGCCCACUUUGCAAUCGUGAAUACUAGUUUUGACGAGCGCAACACGGCCAUCGGGACGAACGACUACCAGCGCGACUCUGUUUGCACCCGUGCUUCCUUGUUUGUGCUCCGGAUCGUAGAGGAUCUUUGA